AUGAAAAAUGUCAGUAUGAUUACUGAGUUUGUCCUCCUGGGAUUAUCCAGUGACCCCCAGAUCCAGACCAUGCUCUUUGUGCUGUUCCUGGGGAUUUACCUCCUGACCCUGGUGGGGAAUCUGGUGAUGAUCCUGGUGAUCAGGGUUGAUCCCCGCCUCCACACACCCAUGUACUUCUUCCUUGGACACUUAUCCUUCCUGGAUCUCAGUUUCUCCUCAGUCACUGUGCCCAAGAUGCUACAGAACUUCUUAUCUCAGAAUAAAAGCAUCUCAAUGUGGGGAUGCAUCACUCAGAGCUUCUUUUUCACUCUUUCUGGGGGAACAGAAGCUUGUCUGCUCUCUGCCAUGGCCUAUGACCGCUAUGCUGCUAUCUGCCACCCUCUGGUCUACACCAUGGUCAUAAACAGACCUCUCUGUAUUGUGAUUGUGAGCAUAGCAUGGACAGUGGGAUUUCUGAUUUCCUUGCUGAAUAGUGUCUUCAUCCACAAGUUGUAUUUCUGUAGGUCCAACAUCAUCCUCCACUUCAGCUGUGAGCUACCUCCUCUCUUUCCUCUGUCCUGUACCGAUCCCAUUGUCAAUGAGAUUCUUCUUGCGGUGUCCUGUGCAUUUCUAGGGCUGCUGACGCUUCCCCUGAUCCUCUUCUCUUACUCCAGAAUCAUUUCUGCCAUUCUCAACAUCCGCUCCUCUGAGGGCCAAGCCAAAGCCUUCUCUACCUGCUCCUCCCACCUCACCGUGGUGCUCUUGUUCUAUGGGACGGCUCUAUUCAGGUACAUCAGCCCUGCCUCAGGCUCAGUGUUGGAGCGUGUGGUCUCCAUUCAGUACAGUGUGAUCACAUCCUUGCUGAACCCCCUCAUCUACAGCCUCAAGAACCAGGAGGUGAAGGCUGCUCUGCAGAGGAUGCUGAAGCAACAAAAGUGUGCCUCAUGGUAA